AUGGCUCUUGAAGUGAAACAAGAGGUCAAAUUGAAUGAAGCUGAGCAGCCUGCCCAGCCAGUAAGUCCAAAAUCCACAGCAGCUGACAGUGCAAUGCUGCACUUUGAAGAGGCCGUUUUGCCAGAGGUGGACAGUACUGGCAUUGAGCCGUUCAAAGAAAGUGUCUUGAAGGCUUUGCAGGAAGUGCUGGACCGUUUUGGGUCUGUAACCAAUUUCCUGCAGCAGCACCAUGGCUCCCCAAGAGAGAUGCAGCAGUUGGCCAAUAGCCUGCAUCACUUGUGCCAAGAAGGAUGGACUGAGUGGAAGGUGGACGCCGCCGCUUUGACAGCUUGCUCGCCUGAGUUGAGGGACGCUCCAAGUAUCCAGCUUCCUUUGGCAGCCUUUGGUUUUGGACCAAUGUGCAGUGUGAGGUCUGUGCCUGACAACCACACUGUUCUUGAGAUUGCCGAGAGCAUCUUGAACGAUGGUUUCAUGUCCACGAAUCAGCCAGUCAUGGCUAUGCAAAGCGCUGACAUCUUGCAAAGUGCAAACAUUGCAGGUGUUCACCCACCAUGGACUGGCAAGCUUUUGCCAUUCUCAGUUGGAUUUUCCAAAGGGAGAACGCGCAUCCAUGCUCUCUUGGCCAUCGCCACCAUUGUUUUUGACAAUGGAAUCGAUCUGAAGAAGGUUCAUCCCCAGCUGGCCAAGUCGAUGACUUGCAUUCAUGUGCAAGUGUUGGAGCACGCAUCAAAACAGCAGGAACUUAUCUACAACUUCAAGGAAUCCAGCCGUGGCUCAUUGAGGAAGCCGCCAAGUAUCAUGACUUGGGCGCAAUCGAUCAAGCAGCUGAGAGAUCAAGGGGCAGAAGUUGAUUUGCCUAUGAUUAUCAAGAAGUUCAAUGCCGGGACCAACAAAUCCCUGCAACUUGUAGGGGCCAAGGCAGUGUCAGUGCGGAACUUGUUGGAAUCUGUUCCAUCAGAAGCCCUUGCAGUGGUUGAAGGGCAUGUUCAAAAGCUUGGAUGGGCAAGCAGCUGCUUUUCUGAUGAUUGCCUCAGCUCAAAGCGCAUCCUCCCGACUUAUGUGUUCAGGCAUCAAUGUGGUGGAUGUUGGUCCAAACUUGGCAAGAUGUCUGAUGAGGCUACAUUGUUGCUUUUCCGACAUGUCAUUGCUCUGUUUGAAAGCAGCCCUCCAGGGGCCAGAAGAACCUUCACCAAAGAUGAGUUGGAGUCCAAGGCUGAGGAAGCGGCUUUCAUCAUCAAUGCCGGCAUGUUGGCGCAAUCGGAGGUUCCCUUUUCAGAUGACCUUUUGAAGGAGAAGUGGCUAGAUCCCUAUGCUGCUGCCGAUGCCACUUUGGUUUUGGAAGUUCAGUGCACUCUUGGCCAGAAAGAUCCUCAGAUGGACUGCCAUGCGACCAACCGGCCAGUCGGUGACACUGGGUCUGAAUCUGUGCACAUUGCCAACCUCGAGGCAGAUGCCUUUGAGUUGCUCAAGAAGAGAAUUGAGUAUGAUUUGAAAUGCCUGAAGGCUUACCGCUCGAAAUUAGAAAGCCAUGAAACAGCAGAGUUUCAUGCCCAGCUGACACACCGGAAGAAUGCUUACGAUGCUUCUGUGACAGCUGCAAAGAAGCUAUUGGCCGCCAAUGUGAAAGUGCUCACCACCAACCAGCUGCGCACUGUCAUGCAGGACUACAACAACUUUGUGGACCAGUUUUGCAAGGCCUAUGGUUUGCGCAAGGAUGCAGUCACUAUAUCCUUCUUGAACUGGUCUGCCUUAUGCCGGGUGAACAACGAGAGGCAUGAUGCGCGUGACACCCGCCCUCUCAAUUACCAUGGGAGGGUAUUGUCUUCAUUGAGCCUCACCGAGAAGGAUUGGGCCUUCAAGAAUUCCAGCAUUGUCCGCAAUCAGCGCUGCGAGGCUGCAGAUCAACUACCAUCGGCUCAGAUGAUCUUUGUAGAAGACAUGCAGCCCGACGCCAUGCCAUGUACAACAGACCUUGACGGGUUGGUCUCUGGCGCAAAGAAAUUUGAGCAAAUGGGAAGUUCUGCUUACGCUCGCAUGCUGCAAGCGUGUCUCGAUGGAGCAAACAUUCCUCCCAAGGGCGGUGUGAUUGUCCUGGAUGCAUCAUUGUCAGUUGGAGACUGUUUUGAUGCUUGGAUGGAUGUGAAGGGUGAUUGGCAGAUCCCCAGUGCCUACAUUGGUCUUGCAGAAGAUGCUGUGGUGGGUGAAUGGUUCACAAGAACUCGUGAACAAACUUUGGCCAAGAAGCACAUGAACGGGGACAUCUCAAUUCCUGGCUGUCCUCGAGUUGAGGCCGAUUUGCCUGAGGAGCACAAGCACCAGACGCCUCCUGUUCCUACUUUGAGUGUCCUGCAGCCAAUUGGCCCCAACAAGACCUACCCUGGCAUUCCGGAGUCGUUGACCAAGGACAAGACUGAAUGGGGUGCCCACCCUGUGUUUGGGGAUGAGUUCCGUGCAAUCAUGGACAAGAUCAUUGAAGAGUAUGGUGCGCCCCCAGCUGCUGAUCAAACCAGUGAUGGCAAAGGUCAGGGAAAGGGCAGAGUCAAGCAGGAGAAAAAGAGGCAUGGUGAGGGAGAUGGCCCUGCCAACAAACGCUUGAAGGGUGUUCAACUUGGUGGUGGUGGCUCUGUCAAGCAGAUUCCGCUUGCUGAGAUCGGUUCUGAGCACGUUUUACUGGAGACAGACAUGGUCAACCAGAAGUGCAAAGGCCUCAAACUCCACAUCAAGCUGGGGCAGAAGAUCUACAUCAUCAACGCAAGUGCUGCGCCUUGCAAGCUGCCUUCUGGCUACAUCGUGGCAGGCUUUGGGAAGGGCAGUUACAAGCAGAAGACGCACGGGGAGACUGCAAAGGACAAAGAAGUGUCCUAUGCAAUUGGACCAAAUUCCUUGGUCUUGCAGGGAGCAACAUUGACCAAUGUGAAGACCAUGGUCAACACAAAACAACAGCAGGACCCCUGCGCCCAGAUUGCUUACUAUGAGAUCUCAGAGGCAGCCAACACGGAUGACCCUGAAAUGUUUGAGAUGAAGAACACAGUGCCUCUUGUCUUUGUUCCCACUGGCCAGUUGAAGGCAAAGACAGAGACUGGGGAGGAAGGGACUGAAGUGCUUUCUGCUGACCAAGUGUCAGCCGCCCGCCUUCUUCCUGUUGCCGCCUGGGAGCAACGCAGCCUGUGCUCAUUGGUCUGGUGUGUGAGGUGGGCCCCUCAAGGAUUGAUGCCUGUCCGACCGGUUGUGGCAUUGCAUCGCGAGGUGGUGAUUGAGCCUUCGCACGGCGUUGCUUUGUGA